GACAAAAUGGCUGCGAUGGCAUCGUUGAGCAAAGGCGAUGCCCAGUUGAAAACUGAUAGAAAUCAUUUCACGAGAGAUCGCAUUCAGCGUGAUUUGAAUAUGGAUUUCUCGAGUCCUCAGAAUACGCCUGUGUCACGACCCAGGCUGCAAUAUGUUACAAACAUCCUGGAGGAUGCAAGAGUGUAUGCACAACAUGCCAAGAAGAAGCAAAUUGAUGUCGAAGAUGUUCGACUCGCUCUCCAGUUCCAGCUGGACCGCAUGUUCACCAGUCCUCCCCCACGAGAUUUACUGUUGGAGUUGGCUAGAGUGCGGAACUCUAAUCCUUUGCCAACACUGAAGCCUCAUGCUGGGCCUCGACUCCCACCAGAUCGAUACUGCCUCUUUGCACCCAACUUUCGGCUGAAAAAUUCAAAGAAGGGACCAGGACCAACACAUGGAAAGACCCUGCAGAUGGGAGUUCUUUCUUCAGGACCUCGACAGGGGGCAGGGAGAGUUGGCAAUUCUGUAAUUUCUAACUCAGCCAGCUUCAUCACUUCUGCAUCCAAAGCUCUUCCUCCUUCAACAGGACCUGCUUUCACCAUUCAACACCCUGCACUCUCUUCUACACCUGGGAAAGCCGUCGUCAGCAUCACUCCAAGAGGUUCAGCCCUAGAAGCAGGAGAAGUGAAGAUGGAAGUUAUUCCAGGGGGACCAUUGAAGCGAAAGAGGGAAGAUGAUGAUGAUUAUGAUGUAAUGUGAUAAUACAUGUGUGUAUGAUUUGUGUGCAUGAGUUCUGAUACAUGCUAUGCAAUGAAUCCAGAU